UGAAAGAGAAGAAAGACGAUGGUGUAAAUAUUUUGCAGCUUUCUGUGAAAUUCCAGUUAAAUUACUUUUUAUAAUGUAAAACGACAAAAACUAAAUAAAUAACAUCCAGCGGGACGUUAAGGAUAUUGCAGGUUUAAAAAAGUAUAAAGUGGUUGGCAAACAUCAUGCAGAUAAUAGCCAAGCAAUGUGGGAUUAAGUUUGAUCCACCUUCAGUCAUCCUCAUAUAUGAAAAUAAACAGACCAACAAGUUGCGCAAGAGAGUAAUGCCAGUGAGGAGCUUUUCACAAUACUCAGACUGUGGCAGGGCUGCGGAGAGACUGAAGCAUCAUCCCCGUCACGGACAUUACCUGGACUCUGUGUCACUGGAACAGCUGGUGAGGUUACACACGGUGCUCCGGGAUCAUCUUCGUGGUCUCAGCGUGGAGGAGAGUCUGAAAGGACAGCAUCACUCUCACACACCAGAGGAAGAUCUCAACAAACUCAGUGACGAAGAGCUAAACCGGCACAAAACGCAAAUGGAUGUGCUGUUCGAGCUGAACCGGCGGCACAAAAACGACCCAGACUUUGUGUACGACCUUGAGGUGGAGUUUCCUGAAACCAGUGCACGGGAAACCUGUAGCUGGGACCAGUCAGAUGAAGAGUUUUAAAGGGCAGGUAGCUUUACCGCUUUACAACUCCACCGUUGUAUCUUGACAUCAAGCUUACUUGCCCGUGUGACGUUACACAUAUUGUCCCUGUGCCUGUUAGGGUUUCCUUAGGGUUCUUUGGCUUGCUCUUAUCUUUAAAAGCAUGCCAGUUGUCUAUGAAUAAUAUUGAACUGAUAUAUAUAUAUAUAUAUAUAUAUAUAUAUAUAUUUUGUAACAAACAUCUUAUGUAUUCCACACAUCUAUGUUAAAUAUCUAAAAAAUAUCAAAGUAGAAUAAAAUUGGCUAUGUCGCAUCUCAAAUUUUUUACUUCAAUAGUUUAUCUGUGUAUGGACAGUGCGAAAAAAAUAUAUAGAUGUUCUUUAAUCUUGCAAUAAAAUGGGACAUAUAUGUUAUGCAACA